AUGACUCGACCGAUGUUAGCGAAGAGCGAAAAAGACGAUAUUUCAAUCAGUCUGAGGCCACCGCCUUGGUAUCUUGAAGGCGAAGGAUGGUGGAUAAUUCUAUCAAUCUUAGGCCCCGUCCGCAAGAGAAUCGUCGAGCGAAUCAAGCAAGAGUCGCGGAAAAAGAAAACCAAGCCUUCAGCCGAUUCGACCCAUUCAGAUUCCUUGGGACUCUUAUCCCCCGCCCCCACUCCUGACUUCCGUGGUGGUUUUGGUAGUGUGCAAAUCAUAAGAUAUCAUAGUUCACCUGUUGGUGCAUAUGACGAAUUGUUGCUCAUUCCUGGCGUCUUCAAGCCUCCAGAGGAAUCUCUAAACCGGACCCCAGUAUUCCGGAUCACACAAAUUUACGUUUCUACGCUUGGCUCUGUUCUCAAUGGCCGACAUCAUUGGAACAUUCCCAAGAAGCUUGCCCGGUUUGAAUUCACACCAGUAGAGGGCACGACGAACAAGAUAAAUGUGAAGAUCUACGGGCUGAAGUCCUUCAGAUUCACCCGAUCCAGCGGCUCCACAGGGUGGUACUUCGACCCGGAAUUCUUCGACACGCCGUUCUUCAAUGUGACCAUCCAUCGCCAUUUAGCGCCUCUGAACAUUCCCGUGGAUUUAGGGAAACUACCGAUCCUCGACCUCACUCUGCUUCAGCCUCCAUUACAGACCGUCGAUGAUGAGGAUCAUCAGCCUUUGGAGCCCGAUCUCUUGCUCCUCAACCCUCCAAUCGUCGAUCAUUCCGAGUGGAAACGCACCAAACUUGCGAUCAAAGGCCGCUGUGGUCUGUGCUCCUUCAAAGGUAACUUGCAGCCAGGCAACCGCAAAGCUCCUCAGUUCGCUGAUGGCGAACAUUUUCCUGAUAUCAAACCCUAUCGAAUCGGCUUUCAUUUCCCUCGCAUAUCUCUUAAGGUCUUGCCUGCUUCAUCUAUCCUUGCAUCCUCAGAGCCUCUCUCUGAAAAACAUUGAGUUGCCUAUCUGUCUUCUUCUUAGCUUCCCCAUUCCCAAGUAUCUUUUUUCUUAUGAUAUCC